UCUUGAGCUACCUUCGCUGACUUCCCAGUCAACUUACCACCAUGCCUCGCCGCCUCCUGUUUUCCUCCUCUCUCUUCUUCCUUCUCUUCCUCCUCUGCAUCCCAGCUCACAGCCGCCGCCGAUUCCUCUUCACUUCCGACCUCAUCUCCGAUGGAGUCCAUGAUCUGUCAAGCGGCUCGCCUUGCCUUCUCCUCAAGCCAUUUUCUGCCGAGGAGUCGUCCUGUGAGCAGACCUACGGGUUCAUGCCGUGCACCACCACCGCUCUCGGUAACAUCUUCUUGAUUAUCGUCUAUGGAUACCUAAUGUACUUGUCCGCCACCUACUUGUCCAAGGGCAGUGAGCUGCUGCUGGAGAUCCUCGGUCCUGGGAUUAUCGGAGGCCUUUUCCUGCCCAUGCUCGGCGCUCUCCCUGACGCUGUGCUUAUUCUCGUAUCUGGACUCUCUGGAACAGCAGAAACUGCUCAAAGUCAGGUGUCUAUUGGAAUGGGGUUGCUUGCUGGGUCAACUGUGAUGCUUCUCACUGUGAUAUGGGGUUCUUGUGUUGUUGUUGGUAGGUGUGAUCUUCAUGAUUCUGUUGCAAUUGAUGGAACCAAUACGAAAGGAUUUAGCUUAACAGGUGAGUGAAAAAUGUUGGGGAUAAAUCCCCAUCUCGAAGCAUUUAUAUCAUUGUUGGAAUUUAAUUACCACCAUUGCUUAUUAAUGAGGAAUAUAAUUACAAAGUUACG